AUGGGUCCUGGACCGAAAUUUCGCGGCCGCGGUGGCCCACGAGGAGGUGGUGCCCGUGGAGGCGGUGCGCGAGGCGGCGGUAUGCGCGGCAGUGACCGAGGAGGCCGUGGCCGUGGCAGAGGUCGCGGCAGAGGAGCACGAGGACAUGCCCGGGCAGCUCGUUUUGACAGCUCUCGUCUUGCUGCACAAGAGGACGCGGACGGACAAGAGUCUGAGCCCGAGUCCCUAAGUGAGGACGAGGUCGAAUCGGAGAUUGAAGAGUCCGAGGAGGAGUCUGACUCUGCAAAGAAAAAGGAGGCCUACCGGUCACUGAUGCGCAGCUUCGAGAGCCGCUUAGCUGCAGCGCCGGCGGCUAAGCGGCGAAAGCUGGAGCACGGUUCCAUUGCAAAGGUGGCCGGGGAUGAGAGCAACGAUGAGGAUGGCGUGGAAGAUGAAGAGGAGGAGGAGGGGGAGAGCCGUGGUGACGACGACGACGGUGAAGACGGGGACCAUGUCGAGGACGAGGAAGGCAAGGACAAGGACGUCGAAUAUAUGGACGAAGACGACGAAGACGACGAAGACGACGAAGAUGCCGAAGACGGCCUAGAUAUGGACGGUAAUGCUGACCACGGCGACGAUGACGACGAACUGGUGGACACAACAGACCCCUUUGAGUCGCAUUACUCGGCACCGGACCUCAAGGACGUCGAGUUGCGGCUGGAGGCCAUCCAGGCCGACAACUGGGCCACGUCCAAGACCAAAACCAACGACACACGCCAAAUCUUCACGCUGCCGCAAACAGCAGCGGCCGACUCGUUUUCUGCGCCUGCGCCAGUGAAGACACCACAGCAACUGAAGCUGAAAAAGCGCCUGGCAGACAUCAACACAGCGGCGUUUGGCCAGGUCGAGCAGACCGUAGCACCUCUGCUGUUCAACUACUACGACACUCUAUUUUGCGAGCGAAACCCGCAGAAUGGCGAUUCCCUGCGGAAGCUCGCUAGCUUGCACGCUGUGAACCAUGUUUUCAAAACUCGCGACCGCGUGAUGAAGAACAACGAGAAGCUGGCCAAGAUUGCACGCAGGAAGCAAGAAAACGGCGAGGAGACGGACGACGAAGACGACACGGAGGAUGGUGCAUGCCGCGAUCAGGGGUACAACCGGCCCAAGGUGCUCAUCUUGCUGCCAACACGCCAGUCCUGUGCACGCAUGGUGGAUGCCAUCUGCGCCGUGUGCCGCCCCGAGCAACAGGAGAACCGCAAGCGGUUUGACGAUGCAUACGUCGACAAGAGCUCGACCAUUCCGGAGGACCGGCCAGCCGACUUCCGUGACCUGUUUGAGGGCAACGACGACGACAUGUUCCGCCUGGGCCUCAAGUUCACGCGCAAGACGGUCAAGUACUUCUCGCAGUUUUACAACUCGGACAUUAUCCUCGCCAGCCCGCUCGGUCUGCGCAUCGCCAUGGGCUCCGAGGACACGCUGGCGACGUCGCUGGCAGAGUCGAAGCGCAAGGGCAAGCCCAAGACGGACUAUGAUUUCCUGAGCUCCAUCGAGCUGGUGCUGCUGGACCAGGCCGAUGCGCUGCUUAUGCAGAACUGGGAGCACGUCGAGCACAUCUUCAGCCACCUCAACCUGCUGCCGCGCGACAACCACGAGUACGACAUCAGCCGUCUGCGCAGCUGGUACCUGGACGACCGCGCCAAGUACUACCGACAGACGGUGGUCUUCUCCGCCGUGCACACCCCGGCGCUCUCGGAGCUGUUCCGGCGCUUCUGCCACAACUGGGCGGGCCGUGUGCGCGUGCAAGCGGCAGAGUACAAGGGCGUCGUGGGGCGGAUCGGCGUGCGCGGUGUCAAGCAGACGUUCUCGCGCUUGGAGUCGCCGAGCAUUGAGGCGGAGCCGGAUGCGCGCUUCGACUACUUCACCAAGGCGGUGGUGCCGACGCUGAUUGCCAAGACGCGCGGCGGCAGCGGCAGCACGGCCGCCCACGGCAGCAGCGGCGUGCUGGUGUAUAUCCCGUCGUACCUGGACUUUGUGCGGGUGCGCAACUGGUUCGCGACGUCGGUGGCCGUGGCCAACGUGACGUUUGGCGCCAUUUCCGAGUACGCGUCGGUGCCGGAGGCGUCGCGGGCCAUGUCGCACUUUUUGACGGGCCGCCACCGCGUGCUGCUGUACUCGGAGCGCGCGCACCACUUCCGGCGGAACCAGAUCAACGGCGUGCGCACCGUCAUCCUGUACGGACUACCGGAGAACCCGACGUUCUACACAGAGGUCACGGGCGGGUUCCUGGCACGCAGCCAGCGCAGCCAGAAGCUGGAGCCAGGCCAGGGCAAGGUGCGGGCCAUGUUCUCGCAGUUUGACGCGUUCAAGCUGGAGCGCAUUGUGGGCAGCGCGAACGUGGGCCAGAUGCUGCGGGAGCGCAGCGACACCUUUGUCUUUGAGGAGGACAGGGCGUUUUAG